GACGCUGGCUGGGGCUGGCGACGCUCCACGGGCGCCCCCAGUUUGGGACUGGCGCCUAACCGAGUCGCCGCAGUUAGCAAUAGCAGCGGCUGGAGGAGGAUCUUGUUCUCUGCAGCAGGAUCUCUGGGCGGGCCACGAAAAGAAAGAGCCAGAGCCCGGGCGCGCAUCCCUGGUCUUGUGUGCCAAUCUAACCCCGGCAGCAGAAGGCGCCGGUCCCUCCUUCCCCGCACCUGCCGCUUCCCAAUGUCUGCCGGCCUGACUCGCUGCAGAGCGCGCCACGCGCCACUGGCCACGGGGCGGUGCUGAGCGCACGUGGUUGGCGAGGUUGCGCCGGUCGCCAGGUACUGCGCGGAGGUGAAAGUGUUAACGAGGCUGGCCGGGGGGGGGGGGAGGAGGGGGCGACGUGAGCAGAGGCGAAGUAGGGGACUUUGGAGCCGUUCCGGCACCGCCGCCUCCCACCCCGCUCUCCCCCAGGAUGAGGCCGCAGCGCCAAGGAGGGCUCCGAGGGCAAAGAAUGAGAAGCUGUGACGGUGCUGGGUGCUGAGCUUUGCCAUCACACCUCAGGGAUGGCUGCCAUGGGUCUCUCCUUCACCUGGAGUCUGCUCCUGCCUUCCUUGCUCCGGGCUUUCAGUCUCCCCACCCCGGACAGCCCUGCCUGGAACUCUUCUUUGAGUUCCGCCCCAGAGCUGCCUUCGCUGAAUGGUUCUUCCCAGGAGUCUCUUCUGCCAGCUGUGCCCCAUCUGGAUCCCGAUGCCCACGAGGUCUCCAGUGGCGACGGGGUGCCAAGAGCUGAGGACUGGAGAAGUGCCAGCCCCACUGUCAUCACUGGGCCCCCUGUUCUCACGUGGCCCGUUGACUUCCCUGCAGUGACAACCUCUGGUCCAGGGUCUCCCACAAAUGCUUCAGGAGGAAGCCUGGACUUCCAAGGAGGAGACUCCCCUUUGCCAACCACGGGCCCUUCCCACGUUCAAAAAGAGCCUGAAGAUGUCGGCCACGUAACUGUGGGACCCGGUCCACAACUAGAGAAGAACGAGAGCUCCUUCUCUUUGCCUGACGUUGAGAGGGCAACCACAGCCAACCUGGGUAUGGUCCCAUUCCCAGAGUCUUCCAGGGAAGGUGUGUUGGACUUCGCGCCCUCUCAAGAGGGAACCACACGUAGCCACGUCCACGUGGUAUUCAAAGACGCCUCCACAGCAACAACCGUCAGCCCCAGGCCUACAGUGUCUACCAUCCCCUUGGUGACGUUACCUUCUGGUGUAUCCCGCAUAAAGUGGAUGGCAACCUUGGGCACCGAUCCUAGGGGCGAUGAUUCUACAGGGAAGGAAUUGCUCGACAGGAAUCAAAGCACAGUGAAAUACUUGGCUUCAUACAGGAGCACACAGGUCUAUGGUGGUCCGCAGGACAGUGAGGGGCUUUCGACCAGCCCUUUUAAUGCCACUCUGGCAGCUGAGUACACACAGAGUCCCUUAGAGCCACAGAAGGGCACUGUGGGCCUGGGUGCAGCUUCCCAGACCCCACAGUUAACCACUAUGACAGUCCCACUGGAUAAGAAGGGUCAAAAAGCCGCCGUUCUCCCAGACGGCUCCCAUCACUCGUCCUUAGAGGAUCUUUUCCUCAGCCCUUCACCCCCUUUACCAACGGAAGGCACAAGAGCGACCCAGGGGCCAGUUGUCCAUGAAAGAAUUACCCACUGGAGCCUGAUCGUUGAUACCACUCAGCAAGCAGGAACUCAGCGCACAACAGGGACAGAACGGACUCGCUCCCUUGGUAGCUCCACAAAUCCAGCUUUCUCCAGCUUCACCACCCCAGGAACUGGGGAAGUGGUUGAUAUUGACCCGCAACGAGUCCGAGGCGCUGUGAUCCCCAGGAUUCCUGUUGGCUCAACUACUCCUGGGCAGGGCAUUUUUAUGGUGGUGAAGGGCCAAGGCACCAGACAUCCAGAUCCAGCUGGGACCCAAUCUCCCGGGCAGAGCAGCGCCGUGCUCGCCACUCUUUCGUCCCGCCUUCCGGCGACACCUCGCCGUGGCCUAAUCCGGGUCACCACGCAACGAGCCUUGCAGCAUCCCCAGCUGGCCAGACCGGAGCCCAGCCAACCCGCCUUGCUGCCGGCCUCUAGCCCCCCCUGCCCACGCCCCGGCAGCGCUUGCAGCCAGUUUAUGCUCAACCAGACCUUGCUGCAGUGGAAGGACCUGGAGCGGACGCUGAGCUUCGCCUGGGCUCUGCAUGUGUACGGCUUGGCUGUGCUCUUUCUCCUGCUCAGCCUGCUGAGCUUGGUCUGCCUGGUGGGUUCCCUGGCCACGCACGCUCCCCAUCUCCCCUACGUCGUGGCCGCCAGUGCCUUGCUGCUGGCGUUCGGGGUCCUGCGUGCUACCUUUUUUCUGGUGGACCCGUACGGCUCACGAGGCUGGCUGCCCUCCCGAGCGGUGCGGGUGCUGUACAUGACACCCUUCCCCCUGCUGCUGAGCACAUUUGCGGUGCUUCUGCUCCGCCUCCUCUGCCAGGCCCACCUGCAGGUCUUGCCCCCGAGACUGCAAAGCCUGCUCUCGUUGGCUGUCCUGGGGUCCGUGCAAAGCCUCCUCCUCCUGGGGGCCGACUUGCUCACGCCUCCGAUGCACCCGGUGGUGGCCGUGGGGCUGCACACGCUCUCCUGCACAGCCGGCUUCUGCCUCUUGCCCAUCACCAUGCUCGUGUACUGGCAGCUACGGCACAGCGCAGCGUCCGAAGGCACUCCCGAGCCCGGCGUGUGGAGCGGGGCGUGGCUGCUCCUCGGAAGCAGUGGGUUGGCGCUCCCGUGCUGCGGGCUGCAGUUGUACGGGGUGCUGUGGCUCUCCGGAGUGCUGGGCCGGCCGGACGUCUUCAGCUGGGGCUGGUGGUUUGUGCAGUUCUGGUUCCGGAUCGGCGAGCUGGUGCUGUCUUUCACGCUGGCCUUCUUAGCCGGGCAGGCCCUUUGCCAGCGGUACGGGAGCAGCGAGCACUCCUGCUGGGCCAAGCUGGCGCGCUACUUUUGCACCUACCGCAAGGCCGAGGUGCCCGAGUAUCCCAACAACUGUUACAACUGGUCCGGCGGGGUCCUGGAGAAAGUACCCAACAAUGAUAUCAGCAAGAGCUUGAUCCGGAACCCGCCUACUAGUGGGCGCCUCUGGGCACUGAAGGACAACAACGAAUUGCGGGCGGCAGCCAGCCAGCAUUCCAGCCCCUCCCCAGUGCACCCCGUCUACAGCCCCAAGUGCCCCAACGCCGCAGCCACCACCAUGGGCCGCUCCUACACCAGCAUCUGCUUUGAACGGGAUUCUGUGCUGUCCUUGGCUGAACUGGAGUUCCGGCCUCCCUCUCCCAUCAACCUGAGCCGCAGCAUCGACGAAGCCCUCUUCCGGGAGCACUUAGUGCGCGACUCCAUUUUCCUGCGCUCCAGCCUCCACUUCCCUUCCCGCCUGGCCCGCCAAGACUCCUGCUCUUCGCUGCGUGGCGAGUGCUCGACCCUCUCCCACACGGCUCAGCCUCUGCUGGGCCGGCCUCGCCGGAGCAGCGACCCAGACUGCUUGUACAGUUUGGCGCGGGCCAGCUCGAUGGGCGAGCUCACCACGCAGAGCCGGGGCCUGGCCAGCGAGCCCCCGACAGACACCUCUUUCGACAGCUUCUCCCGCACCUCCUUCUCCCGUGCCUCCCUCAAGAUCAGCUGGAACCCCUGGCGCCACGGCCUGUCCUCACCAGAAAGCCUGCCCGCAGAGGAGCUCCCUUGCCAGGCCCAGCUGUUGCCAGACGACCUCCCUCCAGCUCCCUCCAGCAGCGCGCCAAACUCCGACGGUGAGGCCCGGCGGAGUUUCUUGGCUCUCAGCAAGCAGGUGGAUUCCCGCAGCCUCUCCAGUGACACCAUUGAACUGUGAGGCCGGGCCGUGGGCUCAGCUUCCCUUUGUGCCCCGGAGGCACCGGCGUGAUUCUGAGGGGAGAGAAAACUACCACGGAACUGGUUUGUUCAAACAGCUGGAGCGAGGAAGAACCCCGCUUCUCUUCUGACAAGGCUUGGGGCCGCCCCGAUCCUCAUUCCACCCAUUUGCAUAAUGGCCCCAAGUGUGGUGCUGUGUCCUUCCCGUAGUAUCAGCCACAACCCCAGCCCAGUCACGCCACCUUCCUUGUGUCAGCCACAUCCUUAGGACCAGUGAUCUACUGUGACCAAGCUGUUUAGUGCCUGCAAGUCCAAGCAUCUGCCCCAAAUGUCCAUAGACAAUUUAGUCUCCUGUAAUCUGGUGUACCAAUAAGAGAAAUAGACAGAAAUCUGGAAACCCAUCAGUUGCCCAGUAGUGGAUGCUGGGGAGGGGAAGCAGUGGUGUACUGCCCAUUGGGCAAAGUGGGCAGUUGCCCAGGGCGCAGAAAUUUUAAGUCACGUGGGGCGCCUGAUUUCUAAGCCCCGCCCACUUUGUAUGGUGGCCCACAAGCCACCAGAGGCAGAGCAGGAGGACAGGGAGCUCCACCUGCGGUGAACUUGGGCUGCUGGGGCCGUCUGGAAAAGGUGAGUGCCGCGGCCGGGCUGCUCCGCCCAUGGGUUUUGUGCAGGGAGCCAGUUUGCCUUGGUACGCCAUUGUGGGGAAGGGUAGCCAUUCCCAAGUCUGGCAGAGCCCUGCCUCUUGCUCAGCCUCUAGUGCCCAUUGGCCCAUCUCUAAGUUGCUGUUUGUGCUCGUAGGGCCCGUAUCGUACCUUAGAUAGAUCCCUUUAGAGAGGAAGGGGACAAAAGCACAGAGUAAGACUUGCUAGGAACCUCCAACAUAGUAGCUUGCAGAUGGAUCAGCAGCAGUGGCAGGGGAAGUAGGAUACUUGAUCACUCGGAGGCAGAGCGCACGCUUUGCACACCGGAAGUCCCAGGUUCCGUUCUCGGUAUUUCCAACCUAGAGGAUCUCAGACUAGCAACGCUACUGGGGUGCAGUCCCACCCGAGACCUUGGGAAGCCCCUGCUACAUAUGCUGAACGGACCUGAUUCUUUAUCAGACUCUGAAUGAUCGUGGUUUGUACUGUGAAUCACAGAACUGAGCAUUGCACUUCAAAAUCCAUAGUCCAGCAUGCAGUGAUUUAUUCAGGGCCAGGGGAAUCUCGUAUUUCCCUGACUCUAGGCCUCAUGGUUGCAGCGGGACAUCUGAAUUCAUGCAGCUAGUUUCUUUUCCAUGAUCCAAAGCACAGAAGGCCCCUACCCACCCCACUUCACCAGGACCUGCAGUAUGCUUAAAGGUGCCAGGGGGUGGGGGGCAUCUUAGCUCUUCAGGGCCCCCUUUUCUUUCACGCCCCUCUGCCCUUGAUUUCAAAACCUGCAGAUAAAUGCAGUCUCCCAUCAAUCAGUCACAGCCAUACAAAUAAUUUGCAUUACGUUCCAAUCGCUGAAUAUAGGGAUUUGGUUCCAGAAUUUUUUUUCCUUAAUACAAAUAGAAGUUUUGCUAGAAACUACUUGAAACCAACCUGGCCAGGUGUUGGGUAUGUAUGGAUGGAACUAAUGUCGGAUGAAGUGUUCGUCGAAGGGAGAGCGUGACUUUUGUCCGACUGGGGUUUCCGGAAAAAGCACAAGCUGUACUUUCCUGGUAUCUAUGUGUCCCCAGCAGUGGGGGGUGGGGGGAGGGUAGAGUUGCCCAAAACUGUGGAAUGUCAUGUGGUCCGUUGUGCCAAAAUGAAAUAAAACCUUUUG